CUUCAAUUUCUGUAAAUAUGUAUAAUCGACCCUUGGUUGUUGAAAAUAUAUUAAAAGUAGAUCGCCGUCUACAAGACAAGCAUUAAAGUUUGUGACCUGACUCUGAGUAGUUCAGUUCCUCCCGAGGUCUUCAUGCUGUUUCUGAGUGUGUCGGAUGCUAAUGGAGGCUGACCGGCCGGCGAGUCACUAAAACAGUGCCGGGCGUCUUUUCCUCCCUCCAGCGAGGCGAUUCCAGUCCGGCGGAGCUCUGAUGGGAGGCGGCGCCGGCUCCGUCUGGGACCGGGGAUGCUGAGUGGGGGGAGGGAGGGCCUGUUUGAGCUGGGACAGCAGCUCCAGCAGCAGGGGGAGUACCAGGCCGCCCUCCACUGCUUCCUCAGCUGCCUGCUGGGACUGACCCAUGUGCAGAGCUUCACCUCUCUCCCCAACUGCCUCCACCAGAUCGCUGAACUCUUCAUCACAGAAAAGAAUUAUGGGAAAGCUCUGCAGUUCAUCCAGGCGGAGAAAAUGUUCUACGAGGUCGCCCUGAUCGAGCUCACCGCUCUGCACAGCAGCACAGGCCCCCAGGAGGAGGCCACGCUGGGCUCAGCGGGAUGGACCAGCCCGGAGGAUCUGACGGAGCAGACCUGCCAGGCUCAGCACCUGGAGAGGCUGGCCCAGCUCUGCAUCAUGAGCAAACAACCUCACUUGGCCCUGGAGUACAGCGGCAAGUUCUUCAUCUUCCAGGCCACAAAGAUCCACCAAAGGGCGUUUGGCAACGACCAUCCAAUCACAGCGAGGAGUCUGGAGCUCAUGGCCACAGUCUACGCAGAGAUUGGAAAGACUGAAUAUUCAGACUCGCUGGGCCAGUGUGUUUCAGCGCUGUCUAAGAGGUUUGCAGCCGCAGAGUCCAUCAGGGACACGGUCCACUGUCUGCCCACCCCACACCGAGAGAAACACUCGGAGCUGCGACACAGGAAGGAUUCUCAUCACCAGGCGGACGACUUGCUGAAACUCAAAGUUUCCAAUGCCAAAGUCCCCACCUCCAUUUUAAAGAGGCCGAACUACGACACAGACGCCAUCUACAGACGGAAAGGCGAACGACGGGUCCGAUUCAGGGAACCAGAAACAACAGUUCAUGCGUACGAGACGACGCCGUCCCGCCCCCACCUCGCCCUAUUCACCUGCCUCUUCCUGCUGAUGUCGCUGUUGGGCGUGGCCAUGUACUGCACCGACCGCCGCCACCACCAGAGGGCGUGCGAGGAGCUGGAGGCGGUGUUGGCCGUCUACCUGCUGCACUUUAAACAGCUGCUGUGGGGCUGCUGGAUAUGGCUGACCAUGCAGUGACCCGCGCACCUUUUCUAUCCAGACUGUAACCUGCUAUCGGGAUCCGGAACUACACAAGGUUCCUGUGAGGAUUCCCGACGCUUCCAUCUAUGUAAAUACUCGGACUGUGGCGUGAACGCUACUUCUUCUAUUUGCACAUUUACUCUCAUGUCACCACACGUCUGCACACAAGUGACUGUCACUACAGUAAUAUACAUUUCAUUAGGCCAUCACAUUAUGACCACCUGUUUGUUUUUUGUUACCCAGUUUUAGUGUACAUUUUUAGCUCCUGAGAUCUGGACCAGGAAGAAAUACUGCAAGUAAUCGGGUAGCUUAAGGUCUAUAAAAUACAUGGUCAUAAUGUUAUGUCUGGAUGUCAGAGCCAGGUCACGAGAGAAAGCAUCUGAAUGUCAAGUUUUAGGAUAUUUAUUCAUUACAUUUUAUGUUAUUUAACGUUAAUAUACCUGAAAAGAACGCGCUACAUCAAAUGUACUUUAAUACCCCUGUGGGUACUGAGGGGCUGAUGAGGCUUCAUGAAACAGUUCCCUCAUUUUCGGAAUUCAUUCGGAGGUGCACUUGGUUUUAAUGUGGUCUGAGGUUUCUGAGAUUUUGGAGCAGAGACUGACAUGUAGUCGGUACUUAAAAUGAGGACACCGUUUCAUGAAGCUUCAUAAGCGCAUCACUACCCGGCGGGGGGGUCAUAUAUCAAAGCAGUAUGUGGGUGGGUGUCUCCUUGUUUUGAGUAGGUCUCCAUAGAUCAACUCAAAUAUGCUACAUCCAUGUGGUUAGGGCAACAACCAUGGACCCUAGGAAGGGUGAUGCUUACGCAUUGAGCCUUUUUCAGGAGCUAGUUUAAGACAAAUCUUCCCCUACUGUUUAUGUGACAUUGGAGAAGGAAUGCUCUUGUGAUGACCUCAGCAGUUUGAGAAUGUGUUUUGGUAUUCAGCCUUCGUACAUCAGUGAAUGUAGCAUCAGCUGGUGCUGUAAUAAGAACCAGUGUGACUUGUUUUCUGUCUGCACAUCCUCACUAACUCACUUUUAGCGGAACAACAUGAAUGCUGAUGCAAGUGUUCGGUGUAAACCUGCUCGAGUCCCAAGUAUCCUAAAUGUUAUUUAUACCAUGUGUACUGCAUCCCAGAGAAUACCUGCUUCACUUUGUAUGUAUUUUUAUAGCCAUGUUUUAAAGGGGCCAUAGAAGGAAUUUGACUGGUGGGAUUUCAGUUGGCGACACUAGUGAACCUCAUCAUCCUUUAAAAACAGAUUUUUUGGGGAAAACCCUUGAAUCUCAGAAGCCAUGAUUUACAAUGCAAUAAUUGAAUGUUUGGUCAUGUCUGUAAGGUUUUGGAGUGCUAGUGCUAACUGAUGCGUAGCGAUGUUGGAGGGUGGCUUGACAGGAUGCCCUUAAGUGACCCCACUAACACACUCAAAAUCAGAGUUUACCUUGGAGAUCACUUUUCUUCUGGAGUUGUAUCAUUCUCUGAUGGUUAUGUGACCUGAAGAACUUGGUCAGGCAACGGUAACUAGCGUGUGUGAGAUCAACGUGACCUCAUCAUUUGAAAGUUGACGGUGUCACAUGGAAUCAGAGCGGGAGUGGGAACCUCAGAUCCUGGUGCACUCCUUUAGGAGCUUUUUCUAGGCUACCAAAAUCCCUCCCCUCUAACUGCAGUGGCCCUUUCAUGCCCCACUAGGACCCUCACACACUACGGUACAGUCUUUUAGAGUGGUACCAUUGUGUACCCUCUUGAUACCGAGUGCUUUCUCUGUAAAGCUGGUUCUUUGAGUGAAAACCACCCCACAGUGGUCUGCAACUCAAGGCUCCUGUUUUCCAAAAACUGAGAGAUGAAGAGGAAGAGGUGUCGGUUCAAUCUCUUCAGAAGGUCCAGUACAACACACACUCUGAAGAAGCAAUAACUCUCGCCGGUUUCAGGGACGCUUUUGGAGCGUUGAAUGUCGAAAGCAAUUGAAACGGAAAAUGUCAAAUUGUCUUCAGCAAUAAAAGAAAAACAAAACUUCACUCGCAGUAGUUUGUAAAUGUGUCGCAGUUUUCUUCUCACAGGUCUCAGAAGAUUCUUUCACAGCAGUUAAAGUUACUUUUUGGCUCCAGAGAUGAUCAGUCGAGGGCUUGAAAGCGUUUUUGGACUGGAUGAAGCAACAGGUUAGAGACGACAAAACGCC